AUGAAGAAACCAAUUCUCUUUCUUCUGGCUGCACAAUGUGCUCCGGUAUUCUGCCAGCCCUAUAACCAUCCUCCAUCCGAUCUGGCACCAUCACUCGAGACUAUCAACAGUAUCUCUGCUAGCCAGAGCUGUGGGGAGGUAACCCAAGUGCUGGAAAUCCGAGAUUAUGAGGACGAUGAGAAAGCGAGGCUCUUCGCUCGUGCCACGACCGAAACCACCGACUCGGCCACAUCAACAACAGAGAGUACGACGACUUCAACAACGAGCACUUCGGAAACCACGACUUCUUCUACAUCGAGCACCUCAACCACAACCUCAGACUCGACAACCACAUCUUCAACUACUUCCACCUCCACCAGUUCCACCUCCACUUCCACCUCCACUUCUACCUCCACGACAUCCACCACCACCACCAGCAGCAGCUCAACAACAACAAGUACCGCAAGCACAACUACCAGCACUGCAACCAGCACCAGCACAACCAGUGCCGAAGUGAAGGAGUGGAACCGAAAAGGGAAUAUCGCUGCGAUUGCCUUCUCAGUCUGUCUGAUCUCCCUCUUCCUCGGCAUCAGCAUCGUUCAUUGUGCCCGGGACCGAGCCAAGACGAAGCGAAUCGCCGCGAGAGAGUUAUUGAAAGCUUCCGCAGCCUCCGCAGAACCAUUGAGCCACACCAAGACCAACUCGACCGCCAAUCUGUUGCCGGAUCGCUCGUCGGUGAUGUUGAAAGACAAUCCCUUUUCCGACAGUCGUCCUCGCACUGCGCAGGAUCCAUCCACAACACCCAAUCACAACUCGCAGGCGGGUGUUGAAGGUACUGAAGUCAGGGAAAAUGUGGCCGCACCGGCUGUCAAUCACCAGCAGGAAUCAUUGGUUUGA